UUUCGAUCGCCUCCUUUCGGCCUCUACCUCGAGUCUUCUUCUAGAAGCUUCGGGAAAGGCACUGGGGUUCGGAGAAGCUCGCGGCCAUGGCGGUCGUCGAUGCUCUCACCGAGCCGCUGCUACCCCGCGGCCGCUGCCAACGCCGUCGUUGACAACCUCGCGGGCGCUACUACCUCUACGCCCCCGUCCCACAUCGUCAACCUCGCGGCCGCUGCUACCUCGACGCCUCCCGCACGCGCUGUCAACCCCUCCGCCGCGUUCGCGGGAUCCUCCACCGCCACGACGGCCGCUCUCACCGCCUCUUCCCCGAGGACGCCUCCGUCGCCAUGCCCCCGCCGUGCGGAACUCCCCCCCCCCCCCCCCUCUCUCAUCACUAGCGGUUCCGCCACGACGGGUACCGGUCUCCCUCCGACGACGGCAUGGACGCCUGCUUCACGGAACCGCGGCGUGGACCUCGCCGCAUCCGCCUCGGGUGCCAGUGGCGGCGACGCCAGCGAUGCUCCGCCCCGGCCUGCGUCACCCCUCGGCGCGAACCUCUUCAGCUACACAAGCUUCGUCGACACGCUCAUCCGUCCCACCGCUUCAUUGGCUUCACCAGUGGCCUACACCGGCGCCGUCGCGGCAGCAGUUUCUGCGCCCAGCUCCCCCAUGGGCUACGUCUCGCCGUCCCUGUUCAAAGGCCGCAACUCGCCUCGGUCCACGUCGGACGACAUCCUCGCCGAGGGCGAGGGCGGCGACGAAGCAAUGGAGUUAGGCGGCAGCCGCAGCAGCACUACCGCCACCGGGAGGGGUCGGUUGGGCUACCGCGUUUCGCGUGGUGGAAGGCACACACAUCGGAGGGCUGGCCCCAGGAGCAAGUUGAUGCCGCAGCAGGGGAUUGAUCAAACUAUGACUGAAUGUUUAACAAUUUUUAACAAACUAAAUGUUGUUUGGAAGGACAUUUGGUCUAGGGAGAGCUUCAUGUACAUUUGUGCUCUCAUGAUUUUUGCUGGAUUGGUUGCUUAUCUUGGCACCAUGAUCGAGGGUUGGUUUUCCUAUGUGAGGGUCAUAUUCAUCAUGAUCUUCGGAGUCGCAACAGGACUCGCUUGCAUUGGAGCGAUGGCUCUUAUUUCAGAGACUCCAGUUCCCUCCCCACGCCAUUUUGCCCCUAUUGCCUCUAGGCUGACUUUUCUGAUUGAUAGUAUAGCAUUUGAGGGAGCUAUAUUCUUUCUACUUGGAGAGAUUGGAUUCAUCACAUGGUUGCUUGUUGCCGCUGGCACCGUGUUUGGGAUGGCGUAUUUUUGGAGAGCUGGGCAUCCAGAGAGUCUUGCCACACUGAUAUCUGGUCUCAGCUCCAUCCCCACUUUACUACAGUCUCUCUUCGAUUCCAUGCUGGCUUUAUUCCGUCGAGGAUAGUACCUACCGCAUUUACCUGUUUAUGACUUGGAUGCACAUGAGAUACUUGAUAUCCAUUCACAUCAUAUGUGUCAUGCGAUUUGCUGAUCGCCUAGUCAUGUUUCAUAUAUGGCUGAUAUGUGACUCUCGAUAGGAUGAUAUGUUCAUUGGUAUAGAUAUCUUGAUUCUACAAAUAUUCCCAUUCAUAUAUGUUGAUUCUAAAAAUAUUUCUUAUGUGUUCUUGGAUCUACUUUUGCUUAUACCUUGUAAUGUACAUGCAUUAUUCCAUAGUCUCUUUUUUUUUCAGAGUUGUUAUUUCUCAGUCCACUAAAAUUAAUUUCCUUGAAGUCAGCUUAUUGGUCGUAUGAUUUGCUCUGAGACUUAUGACGUGAUACUGGAUUGUUCGGUGUUCUGUUUUUAUGAGGGGUUCAUGUGUUGGUUUUACACUUUAUCCACAUGGGACCUAUCUGGUUAAGACAGGGAUGCUAGUUCUAGAUCUCUAUGUAUGCUCCCAAAUUUAUGCAAAGCUAGAGGAAGGAGGAACUGGGGGUUGUGGAUCAGCCGAGAAACAGUUGGUGGUAUUGAGAUGUUGAUCGAGGUGCACAAUAGCCUGGCUUGUUCUUGCUUGCUUUCUCUGUGCAAGUUUUGGAGAUGUACUGAUCUGUUAAUUUGGUGCGAUUUUGGUGAACAAUUUUGAUGUUUGAUGUUGAAUAUAGAGGUUGCUGAGUUGUUUGUUGAUUUCAAA